AUGGAUCCAGUGUUUCUGUUUCUACCGUCGCGAAGUACAGGGACUACCAGGCAUCGAAUCCCUCGUAACGGACGGCAUGGGAGGGGCGCAGACGGGCGGCGCAGGAAGCAGGGUUGGAUGCGCGGGCGAUGGGACAGUGAGGGCGAUGGGAGGGAAGAGGGUCCUGCCAACGGCGUGGGUGAGAAGGCCUACAGUCUGAUGGACCAGAAGAAAAGGUGCUUAGGUGCAUCAGACGAGCUUGGGCCCGCAACUAAUCAAGUAGUGAUGCAGUAG